CCCCACAGACCAGGUGCCAUCUGAAGCCCACGCGGCAGGACCCCCCACCCUGUUGGACCAGCACUGCCGCACCCUCCAGAAAGCUCCGCACGCCUCUCAGAGCUCGCUGCUGGGGGGUCCGGAAGAGCUGGGGCCGUUGGGAUUUGGCUCUCGUGGGGCAGCACCUGUUUCCAGGCCACACGCAUCCAACUGCUGAAACCUGUGCGGUUUGGCAGGUGCUGUGAAGUUGCUCCCCCGGCCUCCGCUCCCACAAGGCUGUGCUGGUGGAUGGGUGGCGUCCUGGGCAGGCUGGGGGUCGGGUGCAGAGUCUGAGUCCCUGCCUUUGGGGUGAGACCACUGGCCCGAGCGGUGUCGGGGGGAGCCCUCAGCUGCAGCCCUGCCGGGUGCUUGGCCAGCCUCUGUUCCCCUUCCUCUCUGAGCACAAGCAGACACACCUGGGAUGGUCACAUGUUGGCCAGCUGGUGACCUCCGGCCAGACCAGCCUGCGGGGUCAGACCACAGGCUGAGGCCCCAGAUGGGAUGGCCCCUGCCAUCCCAGCUGUAGGCAAGAGGUUGCCGUGGAGCCAGCCGGAAAAGGCCGUUCUCCCAGCAGUCCCAUGUCCAUCUCCCGUGUGCCCUCCCCUGCCACCGUCCACGCCGCAGAAGCCUGGCCUGAGGGGCUGAGCAGAGGCCACCAGAUGGAGUCCCUGCCGGCGGAGCGCAUCCACAGCAGAUGGCAGCCGCGUGAGGCCCGGGACCCAGCCCUGGAUCGGUCCCCGAGGAGGCUGACUUCGAGGCACCCCCUUCCCCAGGCUCACGUGUUUCCUCUACCCAGCCCACCUUCGCCUCGGCUCUGCCUGCCCUGAUCCGUGAGGGCCAACUCAGUUGCCACCUCCUCCAGGAAGCCUGCCCUGUCACCACCUCUGCUCAUGCCUGCGUCAUCCAGUAUCAGCCAAGUGCAAGAAGGGCGACCCCAGGAGUCUCCUGGCUCCGGUGUGAGGCCGAGCUGAUGCAGGAGGCCCCCCACGCCCCCCGGCUCUGCCUCAGCUGUAGCCCCCACCACGAGGGUCCUGGAGGGGCAGGAAGAAGGGCACAGAGCGCGGCUCUGACCUCUGACCGCUCAAGGCCCGGAAGCCCGGAUGGAGGCCCGCCCCCCCCCAUCUGAAGCACUCUAGUGGGAGCAGCUGGCCUGCAGGAGGACUUAAAAGCGGGCAGGGCGCCGGCGGGGCUGGCGGGGAGGUGAGCGCCUUGGUGCCCGGCUCCCGUUCUGUCCCCAUGUGGCCCUUCCUCAGCCGUGCUCUCUUCCCACCCCCCACCGAGGCCUGGCUCCAGAGGGCUUCCUCGGACCCGGAGGCCCAGGGCUGGGGCGCCUGGAGCCGGGCCGAGAAGACCCCUCUGGGUGCAGGGGAUGGGGGCAGGGAGGCGGAGGAGACGGUGGAGGCGCAGGCGGAGGACGAGGGAGACACAGGCUUCCUGCCGUCGCUCUUGGAGAGGGAGGGCCUGGCCGAGGGCUCUGUACCUGACCAGGAGCUGGAGGCCAUCAGGCUGAAGCUGUGGGCCAUGGAGCAGGCCCAGGGGCCGGAGCCGCAGCCCCAGCAGCAGGAAGAGGAAGACGCCGGGGCCCUGCUGGCCGGGCAGCUGCUGAGCCCAGAGGCAGACACCCCCACAGAGAAGGUGGAGGCCGACCACAGAUCCGUCUACGUGGGUAACGUGGACUACGAGGGCACAGCCCGGGAGCUGGAAGCUUAUUUCAACCACUGCGGGGAGAUCCACCGGGUCACCAUCCUGUGCGACAAGUUCUCUGGACACCCCAAGGGCUAUGCCUACAUAGAGUUUGCCACCGAGAGCUCUGCCCACGCCGCCGUGGAGCUGGACAACAGUGUUUUUCGAGGCCGGGUCAUCAAGGUGCUGCCCAAAAGGACCAACUUCCCAGGAAUCAGCUCCACGGACCGCGGGGGCCUUCGGGGACACCCCAGCGCCAGGGGACGACCCUUCCCCCACAGCAGCCUCGAGCGCGAGCGCGGGCCUCGUUUCAGACCACGAGGGCGGAACCGGGGGCGCGGAAGAGGCUCGCCCUGGUAUUCGCCGUAUUGAGACGAGGGCCGAUGACCAGAGUGGGGCUGGGUCCAGAGGAGAGAGGGGCGCUCCACGCGGGAUCGUUUACUCGGGGGAGAAUAACUGCCCCGUCCCCCUUCACUUCGCGGGAGGACAGCAGCCAGGACCUCGCCCAGGCCCCACGGUCCAUGCCACCAGUCACCAAGCAGGGCAGGGGCGGGCCUGGCACAGAGCACCGGUCGGGGCUUUGGAGGGCACCUGGCGCGCUGCAGGCAGGUGAGGCCCGGGCAGCGCAGGGGCGGCUCCCCGUUGGCAUAUUCAGGGCUGUUUGUAGAUAGAUAAGUAGGAACGUGUGUCUUAACGGUAAAGCAUAAAUUAUUAAACUUGAAUAUUUUUUACAAGCA